UCUAAUGCAAAACGAAUGACAAAAAGUUAAAUAUCUAGGCUAACGUUUUGAUAAAUGGAAAGAGCUCCUCUACAUCCCGUCCACGUUCACGCGCAAAUGAGCUGGGUUAUAAUGGGGAUAACUUAAUUAGUACAAUUAGAGAGGGAGAGAGAGUGUUUUAACGUAUUUCUGCAUGGUAGUGCUCUGUUAUUACUAAGCAAGCAGACUCGGGUUGAGAUGGGGACUCGAGUGUGCGCGUGAGAGCAGCAGUAACACCCAUUAACAGAUCCAGUGUUCUGACACGAAGACUGAGGAACAACUUUAGCAGUUGUGAAGGAGCUAUGAGCUGGAGUCAGUCUGAUGCUGGAACCAAAUCAUCCAGCAAUACGGAUGAAGGAAUAAAAGUAGCCUAAAUGUGCAAAUGCAUCGCAGCACAACUUACACGUCCAAGCUGAAAAUGAGCUGGGCAGCGAAAAAUCAAUGGGCUUAAAACGGCUCCGGCAUGAUGCCCACCGUGACCUGGUAGACUGUGUGUUCGUGGAGUGUACGACCUGCACAGCCACGCGGCAGAGAUGUACCAAGAGGUGGCUUUCCUAGCAGGCAGCACUGAUCAUCAGUUUACCUCCUUCCACUUUAAAACUUUGGAGAACCCCCAUGAAAUCAGCAGCAAAAAGGGUGUGUUCUACAAACGCGUGCAAAUUCAGCGCAAGGAGGACGAGGUUCGCCGGGAUCGAGGGGCUGGAGCCGACGAGGGUGUUUUAGCUGACCGCACUGCCAUCAUCAAUGUGGGCGGCAUCCGUUAUCGCAUCCCAUGGUCCACUCUUGAGGAGUUCCCACUGACGCGCCUGGGGAAGUUACGUAGCUGCAGCAAUGCGGAGGAAAUCCUCGACCUGUGUGACGACUACGACGCGCACUGCAAUGAGUUCUUCUUCGACCGAAGCCCCAGCGCCUUCCGCUCCAUCGUCACGUUCCUGGCGGCCGGGAAACUCCGCCUUCUGCGGGAGAUGUGCGCGCUGUCCUUUCAGGAGGAGCUGCUGUACUGGGGUGUGGAGGAGGCCAGUCUGGAGUGGUGUUGCUUGAGAAAACUGCGUCUUCGGCAGGAGGAGCAGCGGCAGAGAAUCCGACAGGAGGAGGAAGAGGUGGAGCUGACCUCACCCCAGUCGUAUGAGGAGGCGCCGGGUGCCGGGGUCCCAGAGGAGGGGCGUUUGGCGGGGUGCAUGCACAGCCUCCGAGACAUGGUGGAGAACCCUCACUCUGGGAUUCCCGGGAAGAUCUUUGCCUGCCUCUCGGUGGUGUUUGUGGCCAUCACGGCUGUUACGCUGUGUGUCAGCACCAUGCCUGACAUGCGGGAGGAGGAGGAGAGGGGUGAGUGCUCCCAGAGGUGCUUCAACAUCUUUGUGCUGGAAACGGUGUGUGUGGGCUGGUUCUCCCUGGAGUUCCUGCUCCGUUUCAUCCAGACACAGAGCAAGUGCGUGUUCUUGCGCACACCCCUCAACAUCAUCGACGUGGUGGCCAUCCUGCCCUAUUACAUCACUUUGAUAGUGGACUCCCUGUCUGUGGGCGACCGUCCGACCGGCUCAGGAAACAACUACCUGGAGAAAGUGGGACUGGUCCUGCGAGUUCUUCGAGCGCUGCGGAUCUUCUACGUGAUGCGUUUAGCGCGUCACUCUUUGGGGUUGCAGACGCUGGGGUUGACCGUACGCAGAUGCACUCGAGAGUUCGGACUGCUGCUGCUGUUCCUGUGCGUCGCCAUGGCACUGUUCUCCCCUCUGGUCUUUCUGGCCGAGAGCGAGUUGGGCGCCAAGCAGGAGUUUACCAGUAUCCCUGGGAGCUACUGGUGGGCCGUCAUUUCCAUGACCACAGUUGGAUACGGCGACAUGGUUCCACGCAGCAUUCCUGGCCAGGUGGUGGCACUCAGCAGCAUCCUGAGUGGAAUCCUGCUCAUGGCAUUCCCAGUCACAUCCAUAUUUCACACUUUUUCACGCUCCUACCUGGAACUAAAAGCGGAACAGUGUCGGGCCACGCGGCACAAGCCCGAUUCACAAGACAGCACCAAGUCCCAAAACAGUGAGGAUUCACAGGACACUGACAGUUCGUUACAUGGAAUCACAGAGACCGCUGCAGUCAGUGCGCACCAUCGCAGAUCUGUGGCUGUGGCAAGUCAAGGAGUCCCACAGGUCAGGCGAUUUCUAAAGUCAUAAUGCAAACAAUUAAGACUUAAGGAAAAACUCACGUACAAAGACAUACUACAGGUGAGCGGCCAUAUAUAGUACCUGUUUGAGCAGGUGACUUGACAAUACUAGACUGGGAAAGGAACAUUAAAAUAGACAGGUUUGUUGUCCAAAGCACAAUUCUUUAAAGGAGUUAGUUCACCCUAAAAUGAAUUUCCUGUCAUCAUUUACUCCCCAUCAUGUUCCAAAUGCAUGACUUUCUUUCUUCCAUGGAACACAAAUGGAACUGUUGAAAGUGAAUGGGUCUAUAAAUUCCAAAAACAAUUUAAAAAACACCAUAUGAUGGAAAAGAUGCAAAAUGUAAGCUAUUUUCCCCCUACUUAGUAGCGAAUAAAUAUCAUUUUUGACUCAGAAUUAAAUGUGUCAUGCCAGGUUUGACAUAAGUAACACGAAACAACAUAGAGGAGUGAGGUCUACCACCCGCCUAAAUCUCACUCUCAUCUGGGUCACGGCACAAAUUUUUACCACCCGCCUAAAUCUCACUCUCAUCUGGGUCACGGCACCAAUUUUUACCACCCGCCUAAAUCUCACUCUCAUAUGGGUCACGGCACCAAUUUUUACCACCCGCCGAAAUCUCACUCUCGUCCGGGUCACGGCACCAAUUUUUACCACCCGCCGAAAUCUCACUCUCAUAUGGGUCACGGCACCAAUUUUUAAUACCCACCUAAAUCUCACUCUCAUAUGGGUCACGGCACCAAUUUUUAAUACCCACCUAAAUCUCACUCUCAUAUGGGUCACGGCACCAAUUUUUACCACCCGCCUAAAUCUCACUCUCAUCUGGGUCACGGCACCAAUUUUUAAUACCCACCUAAAUCUCGCUCUCAUCUGGGUCACGGCACCCAUUUUUACCACCCGCCGAAAUCUCACUCUCAUAUGGGUCAUGGCACCAAUUUUUAAUACCCACCUAAAUCUCGCUCUCAUAUGGGUCACGGCACCAAUUUUUACCACCCGCCGAAAUCUCACUCUCAUCUGGGUCACGGCACCAAUGUAACUGGUCCUACUUGCACCACUACAAGUGGGAUUCGAACUAGCAUUAACCGGCAUGGGAGAAAGGCUAGCUAACAAGGAUUUUAAAACUAACAGCCCCAAAAAAUGUUCUAAGGUCAGGGAAGUGAGGUUUACCGGCACAGCUCGUAAUAGCUGGCCUCUUUUAUAUAUGCAGCAACUGUGUUUGUCCCCAUUCACUUUAAUUGUAUAGAAAAAAAAACGGCAUGAACAUUCAGUUAAACAUCUCCUUUUUGUUCCACCGAAGAAAAAACAUCAUAUGGAUUUGGAAUGGCAUGAGAGUGAGGGAUGACUGAUUUUUAUUUAAGCUUGUGUACCUGGUAGAUGGAUGCUCCUACCUGUGAAAACUGUAUGACUGUGAAGAUUGACAUUUUGCAUCCACAUUUUACAUUUUGCAAUGUAAGAGCAUACAUUGUGUUACACUGUUCAAAACAGGCUAUCAAACUUAUUUAUGUUACUAUAUACCUGGUUUGCAAUAACUAUGUUUAUGAAAACACAUUUAAACAUAUUUCUGUAUAAUUCUGCUUUUAGAUGCCAUAGUCUCAGGAUCUGCCGGUUGUAAUAAACACAGUGAAAUACCCUUUAAAAGAAUAAAGGUUUCUUAUUUUCAAA